AUGUCGAUCCACGAUUCGCCCGGCUCCCUGAUGGGCCACGAAGCCGUUCCGUCCGAAGACGGCAACGGCUCCUGGAACUUUGUGGACCACCCCGGCAGCGGCUCCCAGUCCGACUCGCCGUCUGUCGCGUUCAUGCCGAGCCCCGCAAGCGGGAGUCUCGCCUCGUAUGGUGUCGUCACGCACAUGGGCCAGGGCUUCCGCGUUCCCAGCUCCACCUCCAGCCCGGGCCAUCACCAGCACAGCCCCGAACCGCUGGCCAUGCAGCUGCCGCCAACCUCCUCCCCGGCCCAGCUGUCACCAGGACAGCAGCCGCCACGCUCCAGCUACUCGGGCCCUGCGCAACUCCCGAGCACUUUGCCUCUUCAGUACGCAAACCAAGUGUCCGACUCGAUGCACGCAGGAACCUCCAUGGGCGUCAACGUCAACGCGCCAUAUACCGAGAAUCAGUACAACGCUGCCGCAGAGUUUCUGCAGCUUCAGGAUGCCAUCCUGUUCGACCAGCAGCUUCAAGACCUGACAGGCUUCUAUUCGAAUGCGAUUCCGGCAACCACACCAGGCCCCCAGUCGGGAUUUAUGUCCACGGUGAUCCAGCAACAGCUCCAGCAGCAGCAACAGCAACAGCAGCAGCGUAGCCAACAGCAACAACAGAGACAUCAUCAUCAUCAUCAUCAACAGCAGCAGCAGCAACAGCAGAGCUUCUUCAAUAUUCCAAAUCAACAUCAAUCCGAGGCCGACGUUCCGCCGUGGAAUGCCACCGCCAUCCCCGAAUCCCAGGAACCAUCCCACAUCUUUGUCAUGGACGGCCCCGGCUUGGGCUCGCUGUCGCCAGAGAGCACCGGCGCGUCUCUCUCCGCCCAUGCCAGCCUCUCACAGUCGGCCAGUCCGCGGUCUCCAGCCAACAUGCAAAUGGAGAGCGAGCAGCCGCCGCAGAUUCAGACACAGGCUCAGGCAGCACAAUGGGCGGCGGCUCUGCAACAGUUCCAGCUCCAGCAACUCCAGCAGAUGCUGCAACUUCAGCAAGCCCAGCAAGCCCAGCAGGCGCAGCAGGCGCAGCAGGCGCAACAAACGCAGCAGGUCCAGCACUCACACGAUCUACCACAGGCAAACGCUGCGGUUGCCAUACCCCAACAAAGCUUACAGCAACUGCAACUCUCCGACUUCCCUCUGAUCUCGUCGCCGGAUCUUCUUUCAGCAACCCAGACCUCUCUGCCGCCAGCAGCCCCGGUAGAGACAAUGUUCUCACCGGUGAACCCGGCGGCUUCGAAACCAAUCCGGGCGCAACAGGCCCCUAGCAAAAUCAACAAAGUGAGAGGAUCCGGUACCAGAGUGACAAAAAAGAAGACGUCGGGCUCGUCGUCGGCGUCGGAUAAGCUGCAGCUCAGCAGCAGCCUGGACAGCAGCAGCGGCGACGACAAGUUUGUGAUUUUCACCCCCAAAACCAUAAGCACCCACGCCGGCAGCGGCAGCCGCUUCAACCCGUUCGAGUGCUUCGAGGCCAUGAGCGCCACCCAAAAGGGCCGCAAAGGCCCGCUCGCUGAAGAGGUCAAGGAGAGCGCGCUGCAGGUCCGCCGUGCCGGUGCUUGCUUCUGCUGCCAUUCACGCAAGGUCAAGUGCGACGCCCAGCUUCCCUGCAAGAACUGCAAAAAGCUGGCCACCCACUUGCCCCAGGCCAUCUGCUGGCGUUUCGACGACUUCCUCGGCCCCCUGUUCCCGUCCCUCAUCCGUGACCACUUCCGCAAGGACGUCAUGGCUGCGUUUACCGCCGAAAACAUCGCUGCCUUCCAGGGUGACGCACCGCACACCGUCCAUCUGUCGGCCGGUCGCAUGUUCAAGUCCACGUUUGAAAUCAAGAAUGUCCGCGUCUUUGAGGCCACCCAAUCCGCAGUUGUCUUGAAGCACGCACACCUCACUAUCGGCGACAACAUCGUCCAGCUCAACGCCCAGAGCUCCCUGCCAGUGGCCCUGGACCUGUCAGACAACUCUGUCGUUGGUGCCUCGCUGCAGCAAGAGAAGAUCAAGAAGACCCUGCGUUCGUAUGUCGACGCCAUCCUUAAGGAGGAUGCGUACAUCGAUACACUCACGGGCAAUUUUAAGCACAGCGAGCUGCCCAAGAAGAUUCUCACAAUUGCGCGGAAUUUCUACCUCAAGACAAGUUCGCCAAUUGUGAAGCAGGCUCUCCAAAUCUACACAAUGCAGUAUAUGAUGGCGCAUCAUCUGGGCUUCACCGAGCAAUCUCUCCAGGACCUGCCUCUCGCCAACCACCUCUUCACGGGCUCGCCCUUCCAGACUUCGCGCAUGCUCAACCGCCAGGUCAAGUCCAUCCUCGACGAGCUGAUGCAGGAGGAGGUCGACGCGCUGUUCCGCCUGUUUGCGCGCGAGCUCAAGCCCAAGAACCGCAUGGCCUGGGCGACGUGCUUGGCUGCUUUCCUCGUCUUCUGCCUGUUUAUGGAGUCGACCGGUCUUGCCAUUGACCACUUUGUCAUUACCGAAAACCAGAGCAGCCUCGACAAUCACCAGCGGCCCAAACCCGAGUACGCGAGAUCCGAAGCCGUCAAGCUCAGCCGCGCGCUCGAGAACCUGCCUUUCCGCCAGUUUGCGUUCCAAUUCCACAACAUCUACCAGACCCACCAGAUGGCGACUGCUUCUAGCAGCAACAGCAACAGCAACGCCUCGUCCAGUGCGUCGUCGUCGUCAACGUCGUCGCCCACCGCAUCGGGCGCAUCCUCUUCCUCGUCCCCCGCGUCCGCUUCGUCGAUCAAGACGGCGUUCAACCCUCUUCUGGACGACGCACCCCUAUUGUCCGGCGACCUCGACAAGCAUGCCAAAGAGUUUGUCCUGCAACUGCGUGCCUUGCUGACGGGCGAGUCGUGGUCUGAGCUGGACUAUUUGACCUUUGACAUGUUCCUCGACACCGUGGAGGCGUACCCGCUGCCCCGCGAUGUUUCCAUCAACUACACUGGCCGCCUGUGCUCCAAGUUCCUCUUGUCCUUCCAGAACCAGAGCUACAUCUUCACUCCGGCCUAG